AUGCGAAUAUCUGACUCUAUAAUUUAUUCACUCACAAUUAUAACAACCUGGUAAGUAAUUUUACUAUUCUUUUCUUGGAUUUUAGGUGUGAACACAGCGGAGAGGAAGGGAAAUUCACAAAUUUUACUUCGACUUUUGAUUUCCGUAGUGAAUUUUGAUGGAGUCGAAAGAAUUUUGCUGCGAGUUUAUUAGAAUAUUGCCGAAAUUUUAUUUACGGGUAGUUUUUGCUUAUACUCACUGCUAGUCAGCGCGUUUUUAAAUAGAAUAUAUAAAAUUUAUCAAGUGCAAUAUCUGGUCCCAACAUUUUUUUCGAAAGCCUCACCAAGGUCAAUAUUUGUCGGAAAAGGGAUUAUAUGUUGCUUGUUUUGCAGUGUGAUCUCACUAUCGACGACGACGACAUGGAACCAUCGCCAUAUCCUCGGCCUCCACACUCUGCGACCCACCAUUAUUCAGACGAAAAGGUCAGUGAUUUGCAUAUUUUGAGGCAUUUCGGGUUGUUUUGAGUGGUUUUCAAGGGUUAAUAGAUUUAAUAGAUUAUAAAAAGGUAUAAUCCGCAUUAACUGGGUCUAACAAAAUAAUAAAAAAUGGAUUGAAAGCAUCUAUAAAGUAAAUUUUUAUAUUAUACGAAGGGGCUUGAUGAUUUUUUUGAGUUGAAUUUGAGAGCGGUUGGAAAAAAAGAAGGCUUUUUGGUCAUUAUUUGUAAAGACAUUUCAACGGAGAAGUUUAUGGCCGUUCGGGAAAGACAGCAGCCAGGUGAUUGGGGAUAAAAACAAGGAUUUUUUAAGAGAUUUAUCGGGUUUUAUGGCUAGGAUAAGGUUAUUUUUAGCGGAUCUUGUGCAAAAAUUUAUUUUUAUCGCAGCACGGACACCGUUUUUAUAGUCUCAACAAAAAUUUUUAAUGAUAUUUGUAAAUGAUUUGACCUUAAAAUGACGUCUUUCGGCUAAAAACGCCUUGCCUUUAGUACAAAAGGUGUUGAAAGUAAUACAAUUUCUUGUCGGAAGGAGAAAUUAUGCUUCGAAAUUGUAUUUACAAGGUCUAAUUUGUUGGUUCAGCUGUUCCGUACAUUGUCGUAGUGGGCUUUUGGACGAAAAGCGGUGAAUAAUAUAGAAUUUUACUAGAUUUGAUGCGCUAAUCAUUUGGUUUUUCGGGAAUCAGAACGGGCGAUGUGGCCCAUGAUAAAUUAAUGAGAUUUUGAUCUGGUUUAUAAGGAAAGGGAGUGAUUUUUUUGGGUGAUAAAAAGUAUAGACCUUUGCUAAAUUGCUAAUUUUGAAACUCGAAGAAAGUUUUAUAGCGAUGUGAGGGUAGAAUAAAGAUUUUGUGAAGUUUUGAUAUCAUUUAUGGUGUAUUAUACCUACCCAUUUUUUGUUUGAUAAGAAGAUUUUUUCCUAAAAUGCGCGUGACCUUCGAUUUGGAGACAAAAAUACAGUAAUAUUUGCAUGGAUUUUUCUAUCCUUGUCAAUUUUUUAUAAGAGAUUGAAUAAAAAUUCGGCUACUGUGUGGGACCAGAUACAGUGGAAAAAAACGUACCAUUUUGCCUCCGGGAAGUAUCAAAAAUGUGGCAAAAUGCUUCCUUCUCCGAGUGAAAAAACUUCUUUCCUCGCAAAAAUGCGGGCGCGCUCUUGGAAUCGGAGUUUUUUCACUUGGAGAGGGAAGCAUUUUGCCACAUUUUUGACACUUUCCGGAUGCAAAAUGGUACGUUUUUUGCCACUGGAUCUGGUCUACACUGUAGCCGAAUUUUUAAGCAAGCUUAAAAAUUCGCAAUUGAAGUACAGUAUAAUUGAUUGAAAAACGGAAUUGCGAUUGAAAUUGGGGUUGAAUGAACAAAAAUGAGCGAUGAUUGAAGUCUCGGAAGACACGAAAAGAUUUAAAACCCCUCUCUUCGCCUCUCCAAAGAAAACGUUUCUUAUGGACAGGAAUGGAGGAGGAUCCACGUUGCAGCGCGAAAAAAUGUUUUCUCUCCUCGUCGGCUAAUAACCGAUUUGACUCGAUUUUUUGUUUUCAUUAGAUGGAACAGUGGAAACUGCUGAUUUUUCGGUUAAUCUCGGUGUUUGUUUUUGAAUGUUGACCUCGAACGGGGGGAUUAUUAGACUUAUAAAAGGUUGAUGGAAACGAACGUGAAAGUUUUUUUUUUUGUUUUUUACAGUUUUCGGUAGAGGUUUGAGCGGUUCUUUGAUGGAUAGAGGCUGUAAAUGGAAUUGUUGGCCGUUUUGUUCGAUAAUUACGGUGGUUGUCCCGGUGCAGAUUGUACAGUGACGGACCUGAUCCAGAGGCAAGAAACUUACCAUUUUACAUCCGGGAAGUAUCAAAAAUGUGGCAAAAUGCUUCUCCAAGUGAAAAGACUUCGUUUUGAAGGGCGCGCCCUUCCCCCCAAGGGCCCGUUUUUGAAAUCGGAGUUUUUUUUCACUUGGAGAGGGAGGUAUUUUGCCAUUUUUUUGAUACUUCCCGGAUGCAAAGUGGUAUGUUUUUUGCCAUUGGAUCAGGUCCGCCACGGUAAUUGAAAUCAUUUUGAGAUGUUCUGUGUUUUUCUUUCGAAUUUGUCACGUGAAGCUCGAACUAGGCGUGUGACGUCCUCUGUCUGACUUGUGGUCCUCUUUUUGAUUGGAAUGAAGUGUUUCCAACACAAACGGUUAUUCCUUUGACUCUUGAAUUUUUGCUGACUUCAAUACGAUGGGCUUUUAUCCAUUUGUUGUAGGCUUUUGGCCUUUUCGUCGUUUUUCUCCAGCUGCACUGCUUGGCUGUGUUGUAUAGUUGUCGUUUCGGUUGUUCCUCCAAAUGUGUUGCUCAUUUUCGUUCCAUACAAAGUUGCUUUAUUCAAAAGAACGCCGACUUCUCUCGCUCAUUGAAGUCACUUCCCUCUUUUAUCUCAAGUCUGUAAAGCUGAAAAAAAUACUCGUUUAUUUGUAAACUGUUUACAGUCCUUCGAAACUACUGUAAAUUUAGUUCUGAACACGUUAUUCAUAGCGAGAGAUUUUUUUGUAUUUGCUCAACACUUGAAAUUCAAAUGGGAUUGUCGUUUUGUGCAGCCACAAGACCUCGCGUUUGCGUACGUGUGAUAUUGGCUGAGAAAAUGUAAAUUAAAAUGAUAAUUGUGCAUAAGACGUUCGAAAAGAAGGGCGAGAACGGAGGUAUUUUUUUCAAAAAAAGGAUACUUCUUUGACCUACUUUGGCGGAAUAGGUUGAAGUUUGCGAGAAAAGAUUAAAUUGAGGGAGUUCUUGGAGGGAUUCUCGGUGUGUUUGCGGGGAUAAGCUGCCGUUUUUGGAGUAUAGAAGGCGGUCUUCUUGAGAUAUAAGUGUAAUAAUUGUGUAAGAUGUCUUAUAAGAGAGUUUAUAAGCGUGUUUUGGCUUUCUUACAAGGAUUAUUUCGAAUUACAAACUUUUUUCGUCUUCUACGGGGUUGUCGUUGUCCAUUUUGUACAACGAACGCCUUGCCGAAGGAGCGGGGUGUUUGUUAUACGAAUUUCUUCUUCUGUAAGACCCGGGUAAGCUUGUAAGAUCCUGUGAAGGUCUUUAUUGCCUAGGAUUACACACUGAGAAGGAAUUUUGAUGGUUCAUCUUGGCUCUGUUUUCAAAACAUUUUAUGAAUAAUCAAGGAAAUGGCUUUAUCGUCACUUUUUUUUGUCAUCCUAACAUUGUUAUUGUGGGGUAAAUCUGCUGUCGGAUUUGCGAUGAACAUCUUCCAUUUCGCCCCACCGUGAUUCCUCUUUCUUCGCCCUUGAAAAGUCGCUGUGCUUUUGUAAAGAACCCCAUCCUUUUUGCAGUAAUUCUCCUUCCUUGUUAUUUUUGGAUGCUGUUCGUCUUCCCCGGGAUGGGCGUAGGAGGCCUGUAAACGGUUCAUUUUUACACGUGUAGAAAAAGAGAUAAACUUUCUGGGAAACCCGUAAAACCGGUAACACCAUUUUACUUUCCUUUCUUGAUUGGAAUUGUAAAGUUUGUGAUUUUUUCAGUUGCGCCUUGCUUGUUAUUCAUCAAAUUUGUGGGUCAGAUUCGUUUUUUCGGACAAAGACUUUUCGCACUUUUUCUGCAGCCCCCUAACUCGUUUAUUCACGCUGAAGAUUCAUAUCGAAAAAGCAAAUCGUUUUUGCUGAUCAGGAGCGGGCUUGUGACUGACUCCAGUCUGUUUAACAAAGUCAUUUUGUUUUUUUGAGAUUUGAAUUUUUCGAUAAGAGAUUUUUUUGCAGAGUUAGCGGAGUUUGAGAAGAACUUGGACCCUUUGUACCGCUUUUACGCCAACAACGAAUUUUUUACGCCAAUAAAGAAGUUUUGAAAAAAACGAGCUGCAAAGACGGCCGAUUUUUAAUAAGCAUCAAAUUUUGCAUUUUUUCUUCGACCCUUUUGAACUUUACCUUCGAGUCUGGUCAAUAAUCGAUGAGUUACCCAAAAUUGAUUUCGUAAGCUAAUAUUUUUUUGAUAAGAAAUUACCUUGUGAUAAAGUUAACAAUAUUGUCGGAUGCUCGUCUGCGAUAAGAAGUCAUCAGCAGCUCCUACAUGCUACGAAUCUCGUGUUUUUUUCCAUUCAUUUCAUAGAUAAUUUGUUUUUUGCAAAUUAAAUAUGUUUUGUUUUGCAAGCAAAUUAUUUGCACUAAAAGUGAUGAAUCGUGUCUGUUUUUUCAGAAAGUCUGACGGACUUUUUGUGUCGAGACUUAAUGGUCGCUACUUUUUAUUACUCCGCUAAAUUUUUUUGUUUGAGAAAUGAAGCUUUAUUGGAGAAAGAUUUUUAGGUUGUUGCGAAAUAUUAUACUUAUCAGCAAGAUUUUUUUGUUCACUGUAUUUAAAGGGCAUACAAAAAAUAUUGAAAUGAUCGGAAAUUUAAUGUCGAACCCGUGGUUUAACUUAUGGCGUCACUAUUUUUUACAUUUUUUUAACACGCUUAUGUGUUUUCACCACUUUCUCGGCUCUUUUCUCGGCUGAUUGACAAGUUUGCAUCGCCAGUUGGACCCUCUAGAACUGUCAUUCCUGCCAAUCACGUUAAAAAGUGUCUCAGGACUCUCUGACCCCACUAAACUAUGCGAUAAACUCCUCCCCCACUAGUGCCUGAAACUCCCUGCUCAAAGAAUUCCCCCCCACAUGGUUUCGCUCGUGAUUUGCGCUUGAUUACAACGAUCCCGAAACUUUUUACUCAUUCUUACAGUACAGUUAUUGCUGCCUAUUAUUUCGGCGGGUUUAAUGCUCCCCCACCGACGAUUCACGCUUCAUGGCAGCGCAGAAGGCUAAAGUCCCAAAUGCGAGAACGGAGCGGUGCUUCCCAUUCAACGUGAAGUCCACGAAAAUUCGAAUGAAACUCCCACAGUUACGAGUGUUUUAUGUUAGUGUGGUGCUUGGUCUCGCGCUCUUUUGCGCAGUAAAUGCGUCCAGAUACUCUCUAGUCUACGUUCUCUAUGGGUAAGAGGAAAAAUGGGUAAAAUAGGGUUCGAGGAAGAAUUCGUAUUACUUUAGGUGAACAAUUGAGAUUCUCGCUCAUAAAAUUGAAAAAACGGAUGCUUGUUGACUCAAAAUUGAUGCAAAAUCAAAGAUUAUAAGCUAGUUUUAAGUUACAAUAAGAUUUUUUUAAGAGAAGUGUCCUUGUGGGUUCAGAACGACACCUGUUUGGUAUAAACUAUAAAAAAAUGAAAAAAUCUUGAGUUUAGUCUGGCAAAAUAGGUUCGAACUCACAAAGAAGAUUACAAAGAAGAACUACAGUGGGAGACUUGAUCCGGUGGCAAAAAACGUACCAUUUUGCAUCCGGGAAUUAUCAAAAAUGUGCCAAAAUGCUUAACUCUCCAAGUAAAAAAAACUCCGUUUUGAAGGGCUCCCUCACAAAAAGAGCGGGCGCGCUUUUGAAGUUGGAGUUUUUUCACUUGGAGAGGGAAGCAUUUUGCCACAUUUUUGAUGCUUCCCGGAUACAAAAUGGUACGUUUUUUGCCACUGGAUCAGGUCCCCACUGUAUUACGGUGAUACGAUGAGUAAACUUGCGAAAAAAUGUAAUUAUUUUUGAGUGUAAUCUUACUUUAGACAUAAAAAUGCAAGUAAAAAAUAUUUUUUUUAUAAAAUUUUUGAUAACUUCAGACAUGAUCUCAACAAAUGCUCGUCUAGUCAAGACCCUAUCAACACCCUGGAACCUUCCACGGAACAGGAUCUAGCCACGAAUUUCACCGAAAUCAUCAAUUCCUCCUUUGAAAUUGAGCAAAUUCCCCCGAAAACUGUAGAAGACGAGUCGAAGAAGGCUCAGGAAAAACUAGAAUCGGCCGAUAAAGGUGAGUAAAUUGACAGGGGAAGUACCCCAAGUGCGACGCUCAGAUUUUGAUGAAACUUGGCACAAAUUUAGAAUGAUUUUUUCUAAAAUAUAUGCGAGAAUCCUAGCUCGCGCUUUGCAGAAACAACCGAGAUUUUUAGAUCGAAAGUUGGCGAAAAUUUGACACUUUUUGCCAAAUUUCGGCACGAAUAUUUUCAUGCCUACUUCUACUGUCAAGGAUAAUGUUUCUACAAAAAAUCAAUUUUUUCCGCACGAAACUGCCAAAGUUAUGGCCAAAAAGCGCUUUUCUAUCUGACCGCUCUCCACGUUUAGCCUGCUCUCUCGGCGGCAAAAAUCGUUCUAUAUCACGGCGUCGCCCGCAAAGCGCGAGCUAAAACUUUCAGGAAUUGAUAUUUAGCCUAUGCCCGAAGCGUAUGCAAAAUUUAAAGAAAAUCUGAGCGUCGCACUUGGGGUACUUCCCUUGUGAGUUGUGUUGUUUGUUCGGAAGUUUAGGUAAUUUAGAGGAGAUUUUUCAGCGUUUUGAGUUUGUUGAUUGAACCGCUUUAUUUUAGCCCAACAAACCGAUCAAAAACCUUCGACGCCCCCUCCGAUUGCCACUUUCGAGGAAUGGACGAAAGAAAAAUUGAUGCACAAGGACAAGAAAAAGCGUCAGCAGAAUGGCACGGACAAACGGAACGACCAAAUCAAUGUGAAAAUCAACGAAUCGGCGAAAAAUGUGGAGGAAAAGUCGGAACAUCCCGAAAAACCAAAGUCAGAAGAAUCCCCAAAGCCCGAGGACAAGCUGACAACAACGGAAAAGAAGGUUGAAACCACCACAAAUCCACCGGUUUUGCCUGUGAUCCAACCCAAACGGAAUUACGCCUCCAAGGAAUGCGGCGCCAAAGUAAUUCAUGCAAAUGAAGAAGCGGAACAUGUGAAAGCAGUGUUGAAUGAUCGAGAAAGAGACGAAUACGCAAGGAAUCCCUGCGAAAAGGCCAAAAACAAGUUCAUUAUCAUCGAACUCUGCGAGACUAUUCAGGUGGGAAAGAGUGACUUUAAUUUUUACGAGAUUUUUGUAAUUUUUUUGAUUAUUUUUGAUGAAUGUUUAGAUUUUUUUGAUGAUUUGUGUCUUGAAAUUUGGCUUAUGGUGUUUAAAAACUGGGGAUUCAGUGAUUUUUUUUUUGAAUUUGGAUUACUGUAAUUUUGUGGUUUCCCAGUUUCUUACGUUUUCGGGCUGAAGAUGUACAGUGGGGAACCUGUUCAAUUCAAUUUAUUCACUAAUCACAUGUAUAAAAGCAUGGAGUGAAUCAGUUUGGUUUCCAUUGUCUGGUCAGUAUAAGAUCCCUCCAUCGUGGGCCAUGGUGUUUUCGAAACUCGUCGGUCCAUCUCGUCCGUGGGCGGCCAAGUUGUCUUGUGUAUGGGGGUGCCCAUUCCAGCAGUCUCUGGUACCAUCUUCGUUCGUCUUUCCUAAGCUCCAUCUUUGUCAUGUAGUUCCAUUUUCGCUUCUUUGCUUCCAUACAUACAUCCUUCAAUCCAGUUCGAGCUCGGAUAUCUUCGUGGUUUAUAUGGUCCCUCAAAGAUAUACCCAGCAUCCUUCGUUCCAUUGAGCGUUGGCAACGCAUUAACUUUUCCUGUGCAUUUUUGGUCAGUGCCCAUGUCUCGCAGCCAUAUAAUAAUACCGGAAGAAUGCACAUGUGAAAGUAUUUUCGCUUUAUGCUAAUGUCGGUUAGCCGGUGAGUCAAAAGGCUGCUUACUUGACGGUAGGAAUUCCAAGCGGAAGAAAUCCUCCUUGAAAUUUCCGUGAUGUGUUGUCGUCUUAAUGUUAUCUCAUGCCCAAGGUAUACAAAUUUGUCUACCUUUUCAAUUGGUGUAUUUUGAAAUGACAUGUCAAAAGGGGUUGAACACGUUCCCAUCCACUUUGUCUUUGAGGCAUUGAUUUUCAAUCCAAUUUCUGUCGCUGCUGUUGCCAGUUUUUCAACCAUCCUUUUAAGCUGGGUUUGUGUGCUAGAUACGAGGACAACGUCAUCAGCAUAUGCUAGGUAUUUCAUGCGAUUAUCGCCGACAAUAAUACCAUCAUUUCCCCAAUCUAUCCGAUCUAGACAGUACUGCAGUGUCAUAAUAAACAACAGCGGCGAGAGGGAGUCACCUUGUCGGACGCCUCUGUUUACGUCAAAGUCUGCUUCGCAAUCACCAAGAAUCACAGACGCAGUUCCACUUAGGUACAGUUGUUGUACCAUUCUUUUUGUACCUGGAUCGAUCUGGUAGUAAUCUAAUGCCUGCCAAAUUGCCGAGAAUUCAAUGCUAUCAAACGCUUUUUGAAAGUCAACAAAAAGCAUUUGAAGAGGCCGACUCCAUUCCGCAGUUUUUUCUAUUAGAAGAUUCACUGCGUGAACGUGAUCUACCGUGCUGUAUGCCUUUCUAAACCCAGCCUGCUCGCAUGGGAUCCGACAAGUUGCUAUUAGGUUGUAUAAUAUGUUAUGACCAUUUUCUUGCAAACGUUUGAAGUCGAUUAUUUCCUAGCUCAGAUCCCUACUUAGUUCAACAUACUUAUAGACUAAUAGAGGGCUUAUCGAAGUUUCAUCUAGUGCAUAUUGCAAAGUCUUACGGCAUAGCCGCGAUUUUCUAUUGCUAAAAACUCGGAAGUGCCCCGAUUUUGGCGGGGUACGAAACAACUCAAGUCACGUCUCUCUGCCAACCGCUGCUGGUCUCAGAUUGGUGUUAUUAUAAUCUUCAAGGGUCGGAAAAGACGCUGACACAGCAUCGUUGCAAGGUAGCAGUGACAACUCAUUUUAUGAGCUGUUUUUCCGGAAGGUUACCGAAGCCGUCGCCUGAAAAAGCGUCUAAAAAGUUUAGCGCCCGGGGUUUCUAUUGUCUAUUGUUAUAACUCGUAGUAAUACGAGAUCACAUGCCUGUUGUCACACCAGACAAAUUUUGGAGCAUGCAAUAAUUGGAAUCUCCAGAAAAAUCUAAGAAUUAGCAGAAUUUUGGAUCAUCCAAUUAAAUUUCAAUUUUUUAGAACUUAACAGCCGCAAACUCAAAGAACAUAUACUGUCGUUUUCGCCGAGGUAUGUAGUGUAUAUAACCGCCAAAGACAGUUCCUCAAAAGAUGGCGCUAGCGCGUACUCAAUAAAAGUUUUGAACUCUAGUCCAGCGGCCCUCAAAAUGUAACGAUUUUAAGGAAGUUCCUUAUUGUCACCUGAUACAAGCAGUUUCUGAUUUGAGUAGGUUAUCAAAAAGCAACUCAUAAGUGACUCUUUACAGCUGAACCACGUUAUUUGAGGUGGGAUUAAUUCGAAACGAAUCAGGGUGCAUAACAAUGAAGGUAUACCUCAAUUUAUAUUUUGAAUAGUAAAGCUCAGGUAGGGGAGGUAGAGUUGAUCCAGCACAGCGUAUGUAAAAGGGACGCCUCGAAUGUCCUACAGAAGCAUUGCCAUUACUAGCCUCUCAGAAUUCUCAGAUUUAAGGCGUAUUUUUGUUUUAGCUCCUUGGGAUGCCCUCAUUUCUUAAUUUCUUUUCUCCGAUGUUUUAGCCGGAGGCCGAUGUGCUACUGGUUCCUGUAAUCUACUGUCUCCACCCUACCCAGCGGUAUGCUAUUCAACUCUGAAAAAAGCAUCAUUAAAGUUUUAGGAAUUUUAGAAAAUUAUGGUCAUAACUUAUUAUACAACCUAAUAUUUCUGCUAUCCUUGCGGCGAUGACUCUUGUGACAACCUUAUAGAUCGUUGAUAACAGAGAGAUUGGCCUGUAAUUUCCAAGAUCACAUGGAUCACCUUUUUUGAAUAGCAAGAUUUUUUUGAAUAGCAAGCCAUGCCUUCCGACGGUAAACCUGUCGGCGGGGUUUUGGGUUCCAACCGUGGCAUUCCAAUCCCCAAGGACAAUAUCCCAAGUUACGGGGUCAUGCCUGGUCAGACAAUGUUCAAGGGAAUCCAGGAACAAGUCAUACUCCGAAUCAUCAUAUCCGGUGUGAGGCGCAUACACCUGUGUGAGGCGUAAAAUGCGGCCUUUCAGCUUCAAAUGAAGCUGGAUGAUUCUGGAGGAUACAUAGGUCACACCAGAAACCAUCUUGGGAACCUGAUCCAGUGGCAAAAAACGUACCAUUUUGCAUCCAGGAAGCAUCAAAAUUGUGGCAAAAUAACUCCUUCUCCGAGCGAAAAAACUCAGAUUUCAAAAGCGCGCCCGUUCUUUUUGUGAGGAAAAAGGCGCGCCCUUCAAGACGAAGUUUUUUCACUUGGAAAGGGAAGCAUUUUGCCACAUUUUUCAUACUUCCCGGAAGCAAAAUGGCACGUUUUUUGCCACUGGAUCAGGCCCCUCACUGUAAUUUUGUUUCAAUUUUUUGUUUUUUUUUUAUUUUGAUAAGAAGGAGUAGGGCUUACCACAUACCCCGUAUGGUCUGACAAUGAUAAUGGCUUGGUGUAUUUUCAGCCAACGCUCUUGGAAAUUGCAAAUUUCGAACUUUUUUCAUCCGGCCCCCGGGAAAUCCAAUUGUCGAUCGCCGAACGCUACCCGACCAUGGAAUGGCAUUCCGUUGGCAUCUUUGUGGCCGAAGAUACACGAGAAAUGCAAUCGUUCAACUUUGAGUCACCUGGGAUUUACGCAAAAUUCGUCAAGGUAAGAAGAAAUGUCUGUGCAAUAUCAAUAUUAAAAAAUGUAAAUUAAUGUUGACGUUUUUCAGCUAGACCUCCUUUCUCAUUAUGGCCGUGAACACUAUUGCACGCUGUCGACAAUACGAUUGUCCGGCAUCUCGAUGGUCGACGAAUAUGAAGCCGAAGCCAUCUCGGAGCAAGUGCAGACGGAAACUCCGGAGAGAGAAGAAAACCUGGAUGAAAGUGCGGUGAAAUCAGCGCCGGAAGAGCCAGAAAAGAAGGAGGACGUUGUCGAAGAAAAGGAAAAGACAGUCGAAGUUCCGGUAAUUGGAAAAGUGGUGGAAACUCUGGGAAAAUUGGGAUCGGUCAUCAUCGGACGACAGGAAUUGAAGGAUGCUGAUCUUUGGGACGAAAAAGAGAAACGAAUGUGAGUUAUUGUACGCCAAUAUAUGUGUUGAGGCCUGAUAUGGAUUUACAAUAAGACUUGAGAAUUUUGAACCUUGAAGAUUACUGUAAUUUUUUAAAUUUUUCUUGAUGUUGACAAUUUCCUUUCAGAAUUCGAAAUCGUCCCUGUUUUGAUCAGUCCAACAUCCGUAAAUCAAUGGAAAACACUACGAAUUACAUGUGUUUCCUGUUCGGCGUUCGAUCAAAACCUCAUUCAUCCAAUUCGACGGGGAAAUCGCCACGAAAACCUGUGAAAAAGCCAAAAAUGACGAAGACUUGCCCAAAUCCCGCCCAACGGGCCCUUCUUCGAGCCAUAUUGAGCAGCAAAAUAUGCCCAACGGCUAUGAACAAGCCUCCAGAGGCCGUCAAAGAACUUUACAUUGUGGUUGAUGAGAAAAACGAACCUGAAGUCGCGAUUCCGGAGCCGGAAUAUCAAAAGAAAGAGGAAAAAGUGGAGGAAGUUCAAGCAACGCCGACAAGUACCACCGUGGCGCCGCCACACGCAAGUCCGGCUGCUCCGCCGCCUCAUCAGACCCAGCAGAAUCUAGCCAAUCAGCAGGCUCAGCAGCAGUUUGCUAAAAGUAGGAUUUUUUGAGACUUUUUUUGUUUUUUGAGAGCUUCGAUGUAGUGUUAUAUAGAGAAGUGUUAAUUUUGAAAAAAUUUGGGUUUCUGAAUGGCUAAAAAUGAGCUAUGUGGCGUUAUAGAUGAUUUUUGAACAGUUUUUACAGUGGGUGACCUGAUCCAGUGGCAAAAUACGUACCAUUUUGCAUCCGGGAAGCAUCAGAAAUGUGGCAAAAUGCUUCCCUCUCCAAGUGAAAAAACUCGGAUUUCAAAGGCGCGCCCGCUCUUUUUGUGAGGGCUCUUUAAAACGAAGUUUCUUUUCAGUUGGAGAGGGAAGCAUUUUGCCACAUUUUUGACACUUGCCGGAUGCAAAAUGGCACGUUUCUCCCACUGUACUUCAAAAAUAAUUUUUUUGAACCGUUGUGAACUAGUAUAACUUAUUGUUUCAGAUCUGAAUUCCCUUCCCGGAACCGCCUCCACUCACAAAGAAUCGGUCUUCAUGAAGCUAAAUAAGCGCCUCUCAGCCCUGGAGUUGAACAUCUCAUUGUCAACAGAGUACCUUAACGAGUUAUCGCGCCGUUACGUCGCCCAUCAAGAGGAAUACAACAAACAGCGAGAGAGAGAUCAAGAAUUCCUAAAAGAGCUCGUCCAACAAGCCAGCCAACACAUGAAAAUGGCGUAUGAGACGCAAAUUUCGGAUAUCAAACGCGACCUCGAUGAGAUUACCCGAAAAAUGAGGACAAUCAGCCGGGAGUAUCGGCAGUUCGAUAGCUUCUGCCAAAAGGCGUAUUCGAAUUUUGCGAACUUCGGACCGUUCGAGAGAAGCCUCAGUGUCCCCGAACAGAGUUGUGUGAAGCGAGAGGAAGAGAAGAACAAUUUGAGGAUGCUUACGGAGACAAAAGAGGACGAAAAUGGAAUCGACAUCAAUAGCAAGGUGAUGGAAAUCGAAACGGAAUUUGUCGAUGGGGAUGGGUGAGUUAAUGAGCGUUUUGGCGGUUUUUGGCAAGAGUGUGGGAUGAGGUUUGAGGUGAGAGAAAAGAAAUUUGGCAAGGGAGACGUGUUUUCCCGAAAUUAGUGAUUUUUUAUAUUGUACUUGAGGUUCAAGUCAAGUUUUGGCAAAAAGUUUGUUUUUAUAAACAUUUUUCCCUGUGCAAAAGAUAUUAUGAGCUUUUUUGAGACUCUUGAUGUCUUCUGAGAGUGUUUGAGUCUAGUCAUAGUUUUUUUUGUAGUACUUAACUACACAAAUUUUUACUUGAAAAUGUCGUGUUUUUAGCACCUGGUCGAAUAUGGAAGUGAUCGCCUUUGUGUUCCUAAUUCAGUCCCUAACCGUCGGCGUGGCGAUUUUGCUGGUCGUCGUAUACACUCGUGCCUACGUAAAGGAACCCUUCCUCCCAUCGAAAGAGCCUACGCCUGCACCAAUGGAAAGGGCAACGUCUCCAUCGAUCGAUGAAAUUCGACGAUUAGUUAGGGAGGAGUUGCGGAGAACGCCGGUGACGGUACCUAGAUUGGAGGAAAACAACAGAAGGAAACUGAAGAGGCCCAGUAGAUUCAGUGAAUGCGAUGCAAUCGAGGCAGCGGGUGUUCGAGAAGGUAUUUUUUUUUUUUUUUUUGAUUUUUGGGAAAUUUUUUCCAUGAAAAUUUGAAUUUUUUUGAUUUUUUUGUGGGUUUUAGGAUUUUUUGGGUUUGAAAAUGGCUUUCUUAGAUCUAAUCAUGAUUUUCAAACCCCAAAACUUACUUGGUGUUACGAAUUUUGACGACGUUUUGAUAAUUUUUUCCAUUUUCAGCACUCCCCUCAGAACCGUCGAAUUUGACCCCGCUCCGCCGACGACGCUCCACCAUCCAACCGGCGGAAGUGGGCUCGGAGGAAGAGCUCAUGGAAAUGCGCGGCUCCACCCCGUCAAUAGUCGACUCUUCGUUGGCUGGCACAUCGAUCAGUUCGAGAAGAUCCUCGACCGACUCGAUGAUGGAAAAGAAUUCAAGUCCGGAACAACAAAAAGUCACCUCCCCGCCAUGGUUAACCGUUCGGAAUCCAAAAUUCAGACCGAAGAAGAGGAGCAACAAGAAGGAUGUAUAG